UCUUUUGUGAUCAAUCGUUCCUGAGCACCGCGUACUGCGAGAGCUUACUGUAAUCGGUUUUUGAUUUGUUUGUCAAAUCAACCCUGAACACUACUGAAACAAACGUCAACGCAGAUCGGCCAAUCUGUCAAAUGAAUUUUUCCACACCUUUGUUUCCGCGCAUUUGUUCACCCGAAUCAGUUAACACGAAUGUACUCAGCGAAGCAACUUUAUCUUCAAAGGUUUCCGUCAUUCACGUUCUCAAAAGUGGUUUUCAAGAGAGUAUUCUCCCCUCGGCUCGACGGCAAUACGAAUCGAAAAUGAGCGCCCAACAACAAACAUUUUCACUACGCUGGAACGAUUAUUCGUCGUACAUAGCCGAUGUAUUCAAAUCCUUUCGACACGAGGAGGAUUUCGUGGACGUAACGCUGUGCUGUGAAGGGCGCAAGAUACGGGCCCACAAGAUGGUUCUGGCCGCUUGCAGCAACUACUUUAAAGUCAUCUUCAAAGAAACCCCAUGCCAGCAUCCGAUCGUCUUAUUUAAAGAUGUCAAGUAUUUGGAUCUCGUUUCGUUGGUCGAUUAUAUGUACCAUGGUGAGGUACAGGUGACGCAGGAUUCGUUGCCAUCCUUUUUCCGAACGGCUGAGCUGCUUGCGGUUCGUGGUUUAUAUGAUGCGCCCGUGGCUGAACAAUCAAUAGCUCCGCUGGUCCAACAAAUACUAGACGCGCAAUUGCACCACAUGCACAACGCAACGGAUGCCGUUUACUACGCGCCACAGCAGCUCAACAUGGAAUCGCAGGCACCUGUUUCGCGGAUCAAGAAAACACCUACAGAAAUCGGUUUAAAUUCGGAUAAUGGUCAUGGUGCUAGCGGUGCUGCCAACUCGAUAAUGGGCCACGUACCGCAGCAGGAACAAGCCAACUCCACAUUGCAACCGCGACAAUCCUCGGAUGGAGGUGUGAUGAUAUCAGCCAACACCGUAGCUAUGGCAACCGUUGAAGAACAGGUUGUUGCGCAGAGUUCAACAUCGCGUUCGGCCCAAAGUAGCCUGCCGACAGCAGCCCUUCAGCAACUGCCGGAAAGUGUAAUGUGCCCCAUACGACCGGUAAAAAAAGCUCGAGUGAUCCACCCAACAAAUUAUGUCCCAUCCCCAAUCAAGCAGGAAGGAAACCGUAAUGUAACAACUACAACUACUAAUCCAGAACCGAUCAGCAACAACGAAUCUGAAAUGUCCGACAUGGCAUCACAACAUCAAGACGUGGAAAUUCCGGAAUUCAUCAGCGGUGGCAACAUGCAAACGUUGGCUAACGCCACCAUCGAGGAGACGGUCACGCAGCCGUCAGGCUUUGAAGUGAUGCGUGAGGACCCUGCAAACCAUUCGGAACCGCGGCCGAUCCCAGAACAAUCGACUGAUUUGAAAAUGCCAAUCGUCAAAAUGACUUUGGAUGACUUUUCAUCUGACGACGAGGGCGACGCUGCUCGCAAGGAAGCGAUAAUGGAGUCACUGGGCAGAGUAAGGCAGACAAAGGAUAAAAAGCACAUUUGUCCCGUUUGUGGCAAAAGCUUUGGGACCUGGAAAUCGCUCGCUAUGCACAGUCAAAUUCACACUGGGCGCACCCGAUGCAGCAUCUGUGGCGCAGUACUAUCGCGUACUGGCAAUCUAAAGCGGCACAUGAAGCUGCGGCAUGCAUCAUAAACCUCGACGACGAUUUGAUUGGCAUCUGAAUGGGUAGUAGAGGCUUCAACGAAUAAGAUUGGGUUAUUUAAAAGAAAUGUAAAUCGUACACUCCAUGGUAUACGAUGCAGCUCUCUCAAAAAAGGUACAAAACGUGUGUAGCUUCUGUUAAAAACCGUUGUCAAUAAAAAACAAACGAAUUCUAGAGAAUCUAUAAAGAUGAUUUCUUACAAAUUAUAAAU